AUGACCAAGUCCGACCCUAAAGAUGCCUUAGAACACGCCAUCAAGGCUGCCGAGCUCUAUAUGAGAGCUUCGGCGGAGGCCAAGACACCAGCGGACCGAUCGCGCAUCAGACGCAAGAUCGAGGAGAUGAUUACCCUUGCCGAGUAUCUCAAGGGCUCAACCGCUGGCGAGGUCAUCCAGCCGAAACAAGACCGCCGGAUACCUCCCCGAGAGAUACUCACUCUGCUCAAGUCAUCCAAGUUGCACGGGUGCGAGUUCCUGCCUUGGCGUCCUUGUCACGGAGGCCCAGAAGUUUUUGCCCAGAAACAGGGCCAAGGCUUGUAUACAGACCCGACUCCCCUCCCGCUGUCUAAGGUACAGCUCGAGAACUUUGACGGCUGGAAGAGGCCCAAAGAUCUACUCCUGUCCUUGGAAUCCCUGUCUCUCUCAGAUGAUGCGGAUAGCAAAAAUGGAAAGUACAUCUUCCGUAUGAACUUCAACGGCUGCUUCCGCAAGGUUGAGAUAGACGACCGCCUACCUGCGGCAAAGACAGACCGCGCCCUUUUUGUUAUCGACAGGCGGAACCCGGCUGUGAUAUGGCCUGCUCUUGUAGAAAAAGCAUAUUUGAAGAUCCGUGGAGGCUACGACUUCCCUGGAAGCAACUCCUGUACGGAUUUGUGGGUGCUCACAGGAUGGGUUCCUCAGCAGCUCUUCCUCCAGCGGGAUGCGCUGAACCUAGAACAAGAAUGGGACACGAUCGUGCAAGCUUUCAAGACAGGAAACGUAAUUGUGACGCUCGGAACCGGUCGCAUCUCACAUUCCGAAGAGGAGGCAACCGGUCUAGUUGGAGAGCACGAUUAUGGCGUCCUAGAAUUAGAUUCCGACCCUGACAAACGGCGAUUGCUCGUAAAGAACCCGUGGCGCACCGGCGAAACCUGGAACGAGUUGGGUUCGACCAGCGUGGCAACUCCACCGGCAGAAGAGCCCGACGGCCCUGUUAGUAUGCACGACCAGACGGGGACCUUUUGGAUGAGCCUCGCCGACGUCACUCAGCACUUCGAGUCCAUGUACCUGAACUGGAACCCGGCACUCUUCAGACAUAGGCAGGACAUUCACUUUACCUGGGACCUGGCCCCGAGGAAGAACAUGUCCGGCACAGUAGUAGACAAUCCGCAGUAUUCCAUAACUGCCGGAGCCGACGGGUCCGUUUGGGUUCUUCUCGCGCGCCACUUUACCGACGAGGAGAUGGAUCUCAUCCGGAAGCGGUCUCAAAGCUCCGAUAAGACGGGGCUCGACAUCGGCUUCAUGAGCAUCUACGUAUUUGAAGACAACGGGAAGCGAGUGCCCAAGCUCACCAGGAACCUUUACCACGGACCCUUUGUAGAUUCCCCGCAAACCUUGUUAAAGUUCAGGGUCGAAAAGGGCAAAUCCUACACCGUCGUCCCCGUCCAGGAGAAACUACCAAUGGCAAAGUGCAACUUCACGCUCUCCUUCUUCGCAAACCAAACCCUGGACGUCGCACCCGCCAAGAACCCCAUGCGCCACAACACCGACAUCCCCAGCUCAUGGACUCGUCGAACCGCCGGCGGCAACUCGGGCUCCGUAAACUACGGCACGAACCCUCAAUUCAGCAUCACCCUAACCCGCCAAUCCUCCCUCUCCCUCCUCCUCUGCACCGACAACCUGGACAUCCCCGUACACAUCGACCUCGUCUGGGCCAACGGCGAACGCGUCGGUCCCUCCCUAGCCAUCAAGGACGUGCUCGCCGAUUCCGACGCCUACGUGCGCGCCUGCGCCGUUCUCGACGUUCCCUCCGUCGACCCCGGAACCUACACGGCCGUCUGCUCGACCUUCGAAGCGGGCCAACUCGCCGACUUUACAUUCCGCGUUGGGUCCUCCGCUCCGCAUAUCGUUAGGACGAUACCCGCGGAAGGAUCCGGCCGUCUCCGCACCCAGCUUACCCCCUUCGUCUUCGCCGAGGGCGAAUCCUGUCUGCGCGCUCCGCUGCGCGUUAGCCGCCUCACGAGGAUGUGCGCGUCCGUGCGCCGGACCGCCGUGCCGAAUAACACCCACGACCUCGGUCCGAGACGGUCCUCGACCCCCCUGAAGAUUUCGGUCGUUACGGGUCGCGGACCGAGAGAGGUUGUUCUUGGCGUCUCGGGCCAGGGAGAGUUUACCGAGCCGACGGCCGGGCUGAAGACUGCCGACUUUGAUGUCGAGCCUGGGAGGGUGCUUGAGGAGGAGGGGUUGUGGGUUGUUGUGGAGAGGGUGGGUGGGAAUAGAAGUCGGGAGACGUUCCAGGUUGAAUUAUUGGGAGAUGCGUCCAUCACCGCUGGGAGGUGGGAAGAUGCGUCGUGA